UCUAAAGCCCAAAUUUCUCGAAACUAUCUUAAACCCCAAACCAAAGCCUCCACACUCCACAUCCGAAGAUAAACCCAAGUGAGGAAGAAGCAACGAGAAAGAAAUGGCGACGCUAUCAAUGGAUAUAGCCACAACUUUCUUCAACAUCACCACCCGUUGCUGCGGCCACCACCACCGAACCCCACCACUCUCUGGAAUCAGAACUACCUUACUUCCUCUCUUCUUCAAACCCAAUACCAUCAAAACUCAACCCCUUUCUUCCAAAACGACGUCCUCUUUGCCUCGUACGAUCAUCACAUCCUCCAAUUGCUGCAAAGCUCACCGCCGUAGAUUCUCGGUCUCUGCCACUGCCACUACGACGCCGCAGAGCGAGGAUUCCGAUGUUUCCACCAAAAUCCCGCCUGAUAACCGCAUUCCCGCCACCAUAAUUACUGGGUUUUUGGGCUCUGGCAAGACAACAUUACUCAAUCACAUCUUGACUGCAGAUCAUGGUAAGCGCAUAGCAGUGAUAGAGAAUGAGUAUGGUGAAAUAGACAUUGAUGGAUCUCUUGUUGCUGCUAAAGCUGCUGGGGCUGAGGAUAUAGUCAUGCUUAACAAUGGCUGUCUUUGCUGUACUGUAAGAGGUGAUCUUGUGAGGAUGAUUGCAGAGCUAGUCAAUAAGAGGAAAGGGAAAUUUGACCACAUUGUAAUAGAGACUACAGGAUUGGCAAAUCCUGCACCAAUCAUUCAGACUUUUUAUGCUGAGGAUCAGAUUUUCAAUGAUGUCAAGUUGGAUGGUGUCGUUACUUUGGUUGAUGCCAAACAUGCUGGUUUUCAUCUGGAUGAGGUCAAACCAAAGGGAGUGGUAAAUGAGGCAGUAGAGCAAAUUGCUUAUGCUGAUCGUAUUAUUGUAAACAAGACUGAUCUUGUUGGAGAGCCAGAAAUUGCUACUUUGGUUAAACGGAUACGGAACAUUAAUGGUAUGGCUCAUCUGAAGCGCACAGAGUUUGGAAAAGUUGACUUGGAGUAUGUUCUUGGAAUUGGAGGCUUUGAUCUGGAGAGGAUUGAGAGUUCUGUCAAUGAUGAAGGUGCAAAGGAUGAUCAUGCUCACCAUGGCCAUGAUCAGGAUCAUGAUCAUGACCACCAUCACCAUCAUCAUCAUCAUGACGAACAGCACCAUGAACAUGAACAUCAUCAUGAUCAUCAUUCCCAUGAUCAUACUCACGAUCCAGGGGUUUCUUCCGUAAGCAUAGUUUGUGAAGGAAGCUUAGAUCUUGAGAAGGCUAACAUAUGGCUAGGUACAUUAUUGUUGGAACGUAGUGAGGACAUUUAUCGGAUGAAAGGUCUUCUUUCGGUUCAGGGUAUGAAUGAGAGAUUUGUCUUUCAGGGAGUUCAUGACAUAUUCCAAGGUUCACCUGAUCGGCUAUGGGGUCCAGAUGAACCUAGAGUGAACAAGAUUGUAUUCAUCGGGAAGAACUUGAAUGCACAGGAACUGGAGUCGGGCUUUAAAGCUUGCUUAUUAUGAUUCACUGAGCAAGACCUUUUUGACCUCGUCACCUGAUCUGCCUCCUCUGUACUCUGUGUUGCAUUUAUGAAAUACAAAAAUACCUGAAUAUGUAAGGAAUGACUGCGUGUGUCUGCUAGUAACGACUAAAGACCCCAAAUUUCUCUAGUAAAGAAAGUCGAUUUUUUUGCAUUCCA